AUGUCCCGAUUUUUCAAGGAUUCAGAGGAUAGUGAAUCGGAGGAUGAUGAUAUUAUUUCAGACGAUGAUCAUAUUUCCUCCGAUGAUGAAAAUGUCUCUGAUGAAGAAGGAGAAAGAAAACCCAUCGCUCAAGCUAAUAAAAAUCGCUUCUUGAUUGGCGGCGGCGCACUUUCUUCUGAAAGUGAAGAAGAGGAUGUGAAACGAGAAGUUAAGUCAGCUAGAGAUAAACGAUUGGAUGCUGUGGGGCUUUGUGUAAAGAAUAUUGAAAAUGCCGAGAAAAUUAAUGAUUGGGUUGUGAUCCAAACUGAAUUUGAUAAAUUGAAUAAGAUUAUAUCAAAACAACAACCACAUGAACAAGUGCCAAAACUUUACAUAAAAACAAUUGCCCAACUUGAAGAGUUUUUAAAUGAAUCAAUACAAAAAGACAAAGAGGCAAAGAAGAAAAUGAUUCUAGAAUUCACUUCGGAAGAUUUGUAUAGGAAAUUACUAGAAGUUAUGGAGGCAAGAGGGAAAAAGAAUACAGAUAGAUUGGAGCAAAUUAAAAUUCUUCAAAGUUUAUUGGAAGUUGCUUCCACACCUUAUCAACAAAUACGCGUACUGCUUGCUUUGAUUCCUGCUCAAUUUGAUUAUAGUCCUACAAUACUUGAAAAUAAUCCACAUUUCAUAAUUCAUGAGGUUGUUGAUGAUCAAGAAGAGGAUAAUGAGCCAGUAGUUGAGCCUGGUCAAACUUUUGGUAUACGUGGCUCAAUUCUUUCUUUUAUUGAUAGAUUAGAUGAUGAAUUUACAAAAUCUUUACAAAAUAUCGAUCCACAUACUACUGAUUAUGUGGAUAGAUUGAAAGAUGAAACAUUCUUAUAUUCUACUAUUGUUAGAGGUCAAUUAUACUUUGAAAAACAUAAUUUAGCUGAUAACAUAAGUAGACCGGAUCAAGUUAUUCAAACAGUCGAAAAUACAGUGAAUCAACAAAUUCCAUCAGGAAUAUCAUCUACAAUCAUCCCACCCCACUUAACACAAGAUUCUUCAGAUCUUAUUCAUGCUCUUUGUGUUUAUUUGUACAAGAAUGGUGAAUCUUUACUCCGUACACGUGCAAUGCUUUGUCACAUCUAUCAUCAUGCUUUACACAAUCGUUUCUAUACUGCUCGUGAUAUGCUUUUAAUGUCACAUUUGCAAGAUACAAUUCACCAAAGUGAUGUUGGAACACAAAUUUUACAUAAUCGUACAAUGGUUCAAGUUGGUCUUUGUGCUUUUCGUGAGGGAAUGAUUAAGGAAGCACAAAGUUGUUUAAUGGAAAUUUGUGGAAGUGGUCGAGUAAAAGAAUUGUUGGCUCAAGGUUUACAAUUACAAAAAUAUGCACUUCCACCAGAACAAGAAAAAUUAGAUAAACAACGUCAAUUACCAUUUCAUAUGCAUAUCAAUUUUGAAUUGUUAGAAUGUGUUUAUUUGACUUGUUCUAUGUUAUUGGAAAUUCCAAGUAUGGCUGCUGCUGAUUCCAAUCCUGAAGCUCGAAAAAAAAUAAUUAGUAAACCUUUCAGAAAAUUGUUAGAGUAUAGUGAAAAACAAGUGUUUAGUGGUUGGGAUCAUAUAAUGGGUGCAGCUAAAGCACUUGCUGUUGGUGAAUGGCAAAGAUCUCAAGAACUCAUCGGUGCUAUAAAAAUAUGGGAUUUGAUGCCUGAGAAAAAAAAGAUAAUAGAGAUGUUGAAUCAUAAAAUUCAAGAAGAAGGUCUUCGCACUUAUCUUUUCACCUACUCCACUUACUAUGCAAACUUGGGACUUGAACAAUUGAGCAAUAUGUUUUCUUUACCUGUAAACAAUGUCACUUCAAUUGUUUCUAAAAUGAUUUGGAAUGAGGAAUUAGCUGCAUCAUUGGAUCAAGUAGAAAAUGCCAUAGUGUUACACAGAGUGGAACCUACAAAAGUUCAACAAUUGGCUUUAAUGCUUGCUGAAAAAGUAGUAACAUUUGUUGAAGCUAAUGAAAAAUUAUUGGAACAAAAGCAAACAACUGGUAACCAAAGAGAUCAACCAAGACAAAGAGGCAAGAAAAAUUUUCAUAUACCAUUUAAAAGCAACAGAACUAAAUUAUCACAACAGAAUUAA